UUCUCGGAGCGUCCUGUGUUUACAAGGCUCAGCGAAAUAAACAUUCGUGAAUGUAAAAGUGUUAUUCAUUGAUUUUCAAGUGAAAAAAGUGCUUGAUAAUGAGCGGUGGUAUUGUUCCGAGCAAAUCAACGGUCUACCUAUCAAAUUUGCCGUUUUCGUUGACUAAUAAUGAUAUCCAUAAACUUUUGGAGCAUCAUGGAAAGAUAGUAAAGGUAACAGUUCUGAAAGAUAAGAAAACUCGAAGAAGCAAGGGAGUAGCUUUCGUAUUGUUUCUAAAACCAGAAGAUGCAGUGACUUGUGUCAAGAAUUUAAACAACACUGAGUUGGGUGGAAGAACGAUUAAAAGUUCAAUAGCAGCAGACAACGGUCGAAGUACAGAAUUUAUUCGGAGGAGAGAGUACCCAGACAAGUCCCAAUGCUGGGAGUGCGGAGAGGAGGGACACCUCUCGUACAAAUGCAGCCACAACACUUUAGGACCAAGAACCCCUCCUCCCAAGAAGACUCGAGUGAGGAAGAAGACUAAACCUGGUGAAGAGCAGUCAGGCACCAGCUACUACGAUUCUGACAGUGACGAGGGGGUGAGGAACCCCAGAGGAGCCCCCAGUGCUCAAGACCCUGAAGACACUGAAGAUGUGGACACGGAGACACUCAGUGCAGCGAUAAGGCACGAGCAGGAGCAGCUCGAGCUCGAGAAAUACAGGUACAAAGUCGCCACAGGACAGUAUGAAGAGAAUAAUCAACAGGACUCGAAACCCAGGAAGAAAUUCAAGAAGAACGACUACUUCAGCGAUGAAGAGGAGCUCAGUGACUAAUUCCAAUUGAUUAGAAAUAAGUGUCUAUUUAUAUUCUGUGAUAAAAUUAUUUAAAAACGUGUGAAAUAUAUUGUCAUGGAGCCGUAAAAAUUCAACACUUUUUUUUAUGAAAAACGUACGAUUGUUUACAAAAUCAAAGAUUGAAUAUUAUGGUUGAGUCAUGACUGGAACAUUGUUGCAUAAAUUAAACUACAAUUCUUGGGGGAUUAUUGCAGCUUUAUUUUGUUUUACUUGGAUUCUAUUGUUCACUUUUCUUUAGUGGAAAUUCUUGUUUGAUUUUCAUACCAGUUCCACAGGAUAGUAUGAACAGAAUAAUCAGCAGGACUUGAAACCUAGAAAAAAAUUCAAGAAGAACGAGUACUUCAGCGACGAAGAGGAGCUCAGUGACUAAUAAAAUUAUUUAAAAACGUAUAAAAUAUAUUGUCAUGAAGCCGUAAAAAUU